CGUCGCUUUGCACGGUGCAACGCAAUCAAGCUUUUAACCAACAACCGUCAGCAGCUUGGGAUGGUCGACUCCGAUUCCUGUGACUAUUCGCUCAAGGUAAUCCUUUGUGGAGACGUCGGUGUCGGCAAAACGACGUUACUGUUCAAAUACGUCACCGGCCGAUACAAUUGCAUGCUAAAGGCCAGUGACGACAUGGGCGUUAGGAACAAAGUCAUCAAGAAAGAUGGCCACAACAUUCGCCUCCUCAUAUGGGAUACGGCAGGACAAGAGCGCUUCCGUAGCAUGACCAACUCCUAUUACCGUAAUACCCACGGUUGCUUGCUCUUGUUUGACGUCACCAAGAGCUCAUCUCUCGACUCAGUCCUCCGAUGGUACCACGAACUCAAGGAGUUUUGUACAACUAUGCCUAAGAUAAUACUUGUGGGGACAAAGUGCCACUUGCCUCGGGAAGUUAGUCCGGGAAGAGCCGAAAAGCUGGCCGAACACUUGAACGUACCAUAUAUGGAGGUCAGUCCCGAACUGGACGUCAACGUCACGUCUGUGUUCGAGAGUCUCGUGGAACUCGUGACCAAAGACUUAGACGAGCAGAGACGGAAUCUCUUGAUGUUACACAAGUCAUUAAUGUCACAGUCUCCGGAGAAGAAAGUGUUGUCGUGUGGAUGCUGACAAAGUGUUUUAGAACUUUUAAAUAAUUUAAUUUAUUUGUUUUUACAUUGCUUUUUUAUUUAGCUGGCGGAUGUACGCCUUCUGUUUUAAAUGAUCUGAGAUGGCAAACCGUGAGACAUUAGACCUUCUAAUUCAAGAAUGUCGCUCAAAUCCUGUUUUGUCAAUGUAGACAGAGAAACCGGUCAUAGGCAAUGUGAUGGCAAUGUGGAAAUAUGAUGGUUUCGCUUGAUAGGCAGAAUUGCUGACAUGUUUCAUUUGUCAUUUUCUGAGCAAACUAUUGAUGCCGACGGUAGUGCGUAAUCAUGAAAAGA